GCCAGCUGGUGUAGGGGGGUUGUUCUCGCGGAUAUCGGAAAUCUCGCGAGAGUUCCGGGGAGGCCGCGGCGGCGGCGGGAUGGGAGCGCCGAGAUGCCCCGGCACUGCUCCGCCGCCGGCUGCUGCACCCGCGACACGCGAGACACCCGCGGCAGAGGCAUCUCCUUCCACCGGCUGCCGCGCAGGGACGACCCCCGCCGUGCGCAGUGGCUGGAGAACAGCCGGCGCCGCGACCCGGCGGGCGGGGGGCGCUGGGACCCCAGCUCCAAAUACAUCUACUUCUGUUCCCAGCACUUCGAGAGCUCCUGCUUCGAGCUAGUGGGAUACAGUGGCUACCACCGCCUCAAGGAGGGCGCCGUGCCCACCGUGUUCGCCACCGGCCCCCCCCGGCCCCCCCGGCCCCCCCGGCCCCCCCCUCUGGACAGUGACCCCCCGAAGCCGCUGCGCAGCGCCCGCAGGUGGAAGCGCGAGCCCCUCCCGACCCCUCCGGACCCCCCGUUCCCCUCGGACGCCUCCUGCUUCCCACGGGACACCAAGGACCCCGGCCCGGCCCCUGCCGGCGCCCCCGGCGGCGUCCCGGCGCUGCCCGGCCCCUCGGGCUCCGUCCCGGAGACCCUCCUGGUGGCCACGGGCGACGAGGAAGCCACGACCACCCCGGCGCUGCCCGAGGGAGCUCCCCCGGCCGCCGCGGCCGCCGCGGCGAGGGCGGCAGCGCCGGGCCCGCCGUCGCCGUCGCUGUUCAUGCUGCGGCUGCCGCCGCGCGCCGGCUCCUACAUCCAGAGCGAGCACAGCUACCAGGUGGGCAGCGCGCUGCUCUGGAAGCGCCGCGCCGAGGCCGCGCUGGACGCGCUGGACAAGGCGCAGCGGCAGCUGCAGGCCGGCAAGCGCCGCGAGCAGCGGCUGCGGCUGCGGCUGGCGGAGCUGCAGAGGGAGCGCAGGGCACCGCCGGAGCCGCGCCGCAGCGCCCGCGAGCCGCCGCCGGACGGAGCGGGGCGGUGAGGAGAGCCCGGGGAGCCUGGAGGCACCGGGGCGGGGUGAUGCCGAUCCACCGCCCUCCUCCUGCUCCGACACGGCCCAAACCUCCCUGGAGGAAGCCCAAAGUGCCUGAUUAGCCCCAAAUUAGCCUUUGCUAAUCACCCCGAGGCCAUC